CCUGAAGGACCUUCACCCGCAAACGCCUCCUGCUCUCCGCACCGCGUCCAGAGAAACGAGGCGACCGCUGCUUCCGACCCGAUGCCAGCAGUCUAUUGUCCUUAUUAAUAUUAUUAUAUGAUUUAUAUAAAAUAUCGACCGUGUUCGUGAACCGAUGAAACGUUACGUCAGCUUUUAGUUCAACCGCGAAUCCGCCUGUCGUAAAUCUGCUUUACUGCCGUUGAGUUAAUCUGUGAAAACAUGCUGCUAAUCUCCGCCGUCCGAGUUAAUUAUUGUUUCUUGUAACCGGCGUCAGCGAGACCUCAGCGGCUGCGUUCACUCGGACCCGCGACGCCGCCGUUAAUCCCGUUAAAUUCCGGUUUCCCCGCCGCGCCAGCGAGCCGAAGAUGAACCCGAGAGGAGGCCCCGGAGGCGGGAAGACUUUCCUCUUCACCUCCGAGUCCGUGGGAGAAGGACACUCCGAUAAGAUGUGCGAUCAGAUCAGCGACGCUGUGCUCGAUGCGUACCUGAGCCAAGACCCCGACUCCAAAGUGGCCUGUGAAUGUGUGACGAAGACGGGCAUGGUCUUACUGGUCGGAGAGGUGACGUCCAAGGCCGUCGUGGACCUCCAGGCGGUGGUCCGAGACACCGUCAAGAAGAUCGGCUACGACGACUCUGCGAAAGGCUUCGACUAUAAGACCUGCAACGUGCUGGUGGCGCUGGAGCCGCAGUGUGAGGAGAUAUCGGACUGCGUGUUCGAAGGAAGGGACCAGGAGGACAUCGGUGCCGGAGACCAGGGGUUGAUGUUCGGCUACGCCACCGACGAGACCGAGGAGUGCAUGCCGCUCACCAUCCUCCUGGCCCACAAGCUCAACUACCGCAUCAGGGAGCUGUCGCUCAGCGGAGAGUGUCCUUGGAUACGACCCGACUCCAAAUCACAAGUCACCGUGGAGUACCGAGACGACUCGGGGGCCAUGGAGCCCCUGCGGGUCCACACGGUGGUCAUCUCCGUGCAGCACAUCCCCGACAUCACCCUGGAGGAGAUCCGGCGCAGCCUGAUGGAGAAGGUGGUGAAGGUCGUCAUUCCCGCCAAGUACCUGGACGACAGGACCAUCUACCAUCUGCUGCCGAGUGGGAAGUUCCUCUUGGGGGGCCCGCAGAGUGACGCCGGGCUCACGGGCCGUAAAAUCAUCGUGGACACGUACGGAGGAUGGGGGGGGCACGGAGGCGGGGCUUUCUCCGGGAAAGACUACUCCAAAGUGGAUCGGUCGGGGGCGUACGCCGCGCGGUGGGUCGCCAAGUCUUUGGUGAAAGCCGGCCUGUGCAGGAGGGUCCUGGUCCAGAUCUCUUACGCCAUCAGCGUGAGCCAGCCGCUCUCCAUCUCCGUGUUCCACUACGGCUCGUCGGACCGCCACGAGGACGAGCUGCUGCAGAUCGUACAGAAGAACUUUGACCUGAGGCCCGGGGUCAUCGUGAAGGAGCUGGGUUUGAAGAGGCCGAUCUACCAAGCCACCGCCUGCUACGGACACUUUGGCAGAGAGGAGUUCCCCUGGGAAAAACCAAAGCCUCUGGUGUUUUGAUGUUUUUUGGGGGGCCGGGGGGGUCGAUCUCUUUCCAGUCGCGUCCUUCUGACAAUCAAACAGACAAGUGGGAUCCUGAAAACAGAAAGUCUUCUUCUCUCUGACCUCGAGCUGUCGACGCUGUGGCCUUUGUUGAAGAAUUCAUUUUGAUUUUAACAAAAUGAUUUAUGCUGUUUUUCCUGUACGAGAAACUGUAGCUUAAGAAAUUGAUACAAUGAAUGUGUUUUUCUUUCUUUUGAAUAUGUUGUAAGAUUCGUACGGUACUGUCGAAUGUAUAAAAAAAAGAAAUCAUGUAUUUUGGUAAUAAUAUCUGGUGAUUAAAACGCUGCAUAAAA